ACUGAGCCGUGCAGGCUGACAGGAAGAUGGCCCCGCAACUGAGGUGAACCUCGGCUGGCGGCACAGCGAAUCUUUGCGACCAUCCUCUCCGGCUCCAAGCGCUGGGAUCGGUGCGUCCAGGGACCCGUUUCCAGGGAAACAGAGCAGCGCGGCCACAGAGGGGUCCCUUGAAACCCCGGAUAGGCAGCGGACCGGAAUGACAACAUCCAGCCGUGCUGCUGGGCCCCAUCUUCUCGCUCGCUCUAGGACCUGACGCCACCGGCGACUCCUCAUCUCUCUCUCUCUCUCUCUCUGCUCUCUCUCUCUCGCUCUGCUCUCUUACGGGCGCGUUCCUGCGACGGAGGAGACACGGCACGCGUACGCGCUCCCCCCCCCCCCCCCCCCCACAGCAGACACACGCACGCACGCACACACAUGCGCACAGACAAACACGCGCUCGCACACACCUUCCCUGAGCAUCUUUUCAGCAGCGGGGGGGCAGAGGAGGAGUCGCUUUGUGAUGGACAUCUCUUUGCUACCGCGGCUCCAUUGAUUCGCCGAUCGGAUUCUGAUCGCUGAAAAGAAAAAGCCAUUGUUUCUUUUUUCCCCUCCUUUUUUCCCAUCACCUCUUCAUCUCUUCCUCCCCCCACGACCGUGCCCUCCGCUGUCAUCUGUGAAGAACGAGCCUCAUCCCUGAUCCGAGGAAGACAGCAACCGACGCUGGCUCUUUUUCCCGCGGCCGUGCUAUUUCAGGCCAGUGCCCAAGGCCCUGGGAUUUCUCAUUUGUUUGGACCUUUUGUGCGGCGCUGCUCACAGUUGGUGAAGCGCCCCAGCACUGAAUUGAGCUAUUGUUUGAUUCCGAGGGUCUUUAACGCUGAAAAUCUCCGGGCUCCCCCUCAUCCACCCCCCGCAACACCACCUCCUACUUCAACCAACCAGACCACCCUCCCCCCCAAUUCCUCCCUUACCUCCCCCUUCCCUCCUUCCCCUGCCUCCCCCUUUUCGCAGCUGAGAAGCCACAGUGCGUGCCUGUCCUCGCACGUGAAUCUGGAAGCUAUAAAUCGGGACCGAUCGCAAGUACAGUGUAAUGCAUUGUGGGACGUGUGCAAAACUGGAUCAACUGAAGAAGGCAGAAGGAACCCAAAGUCAUUCCUGUUCAGAUCAACCACAUCGGCCACGCCAGCAGCGAGGUGAGGAGCCCAACCGAUGCGGGAAGCGGUGUGAGCCCGCGGGUAGCCGGCCGCUGCCGUCAUUAUGAAGAAGACCCGCAGCACCACCCUCCGCCGGGGCUGGCCCAGCUCCGACUUCUCCGAACGGGCCUCGGAGCGCGCCCAGUCCCGCAGCGAGAAGGACUACCGCCUACACAAACCCUACCCCCCCGUCACGUCCCAGUCACCCAGAGGAUACGUCACAUCAGGUGAUGUCUCUCCCAUUGGCAUGUCUCCCAUCAGCCAGUCCCAGUUCAUCCCGCUGGGCGAGAUCCUCUGCCUGGCCAUCUCGGCCAUGAACUCCGCACGCCAGCCCGUCACGCAGGAAUCCCUUUUGGAACACCUCAUCACUUGCUUCUCAGGUGUCCCAACGCCAAGCAGCGAGAUACUCCGACACACCCUGAACAUGCUGGUGCGGGAACGGAAGAUCUUCCCCUCCCAAGAAGGGUACUUCAUUGUAACUCCACAGACGUAUUUCAUAACACCCUCGCUCAUCAAAACCAACAGCAAAUGGUACCACCUGGAUGAGCGGAUACCUGACCGUUCACAACAGCAGUGUACUUCCCCCCAGUCUGGAACGAUCACUCCUUCAACCUCAGGCUGUGUGAGAGACAGGGCCCAUCACAAAAGUCACUGCGACUCCUACAAUUUGUAUCAUGACGACCCGCCCAGUCAUCAUGCCUCGACACUCCAACGGAAGUCGCCAAAGGACCACAAAGAGUCUUACUCACCUCCCCCUCCACAUCCCCCGAAGGACCUCAAAGAUACCUUCUCAGCUCCUCUUGCCCACCAAGCCUCAGCCACAGAAAAGAGCAAAAGCAGCAUGAACUUCUCUUUCAAGACAGACUCUCAGACGAAGCAUAAAGAAGGGGGCAACACUGGGGAGAAACAGUCCAAAAAGUUUGGACUGAAGCUGUUCCGGCUGAGCUUCAAAAAGGACAAAACAAAACAGGUGGCCACCUUCUCUGCACAGUUCCCCCCAGAGGAGUGGCCCCUGCGUGAUGAGGAUGUGCCCAGCACAAUCCCCCGGGAUGUGGAGAUAGAGAUCAUUCGGAGAAUCAACCCAGAUCUGACAGUGGAGAACGUGAUGAGGCACACGGCUGUGAUGAAGCGACGGGAAGAGGAGCGAGCUCAGCGCAGCAGGGCCAACGCUGCCGGACAUCACGGCCUACGCAGCCGGCGCAGCCGCGGGCACCGCAAGGCUCAGGGGAAGUACCGCUCCCACAGCAAGUCCCGGCCACCCAGAGGUGAGCCCUCAGAGAUCCCAAACCUGGAGACCCAUCCUGAGCCUCAUAUACCUUCCUUUUCCAUGGAGCGCAACAGGAGCAGGUACUUUAUGCAGAGCAUCCCGAAUAUCAUGGAAUCCAACUUGCGCAUUACGCCCGAGUGGGAUGUGUCAGCGGAGUUGGCUAAGAGGAGGACAGAAAUGCCCUUUCCCGAACCAUCCAGGGGUACAUCAUUCUCUAAAGUCCACCGGAGCCAUAGCCACACCCAGGACAGGAAGUCACGUGACGAGAGGUCUGACAAGGCCAAAGAAAGGUCCCGUUCUAUGGACAACUCUAAGGGACCCCUGGGCAUGGGUCCCUCGGGCAUGCUCGAGAAUUAUGAGUACAAUAUUAGUGAGAGAAGUCGCUACUAUACCGACAACGGGACCCUUAGAGCUUUUCAGGCACCCCACUACUCACGGAUUAUGCUUUCUGCUGCUAAAUUUAAUUAUGAGGUUUGUGUGCCUGACAUAGACAUGGGGAAGUCUGAGGAGACCAAGGUCUGCAGCCCAGUAGAGAAAAGCAAAAGAGACAGUUUGCCAAACUAUGGUGACUUGAAGCCUUGUUUGCCCAAACUCACAGCUGAUGACUAUUUUCAAUGCAGUACAUCCCAUGAAUCCAUUCUCAGUGCACCCUCUCCUUUAGGCAAAGGUGACCAUGAUACCUUAACUUUGUCAGAGGGUGUCAAAAAGGGGUGUGCAUCAGACAGACAAACCCCUCAGCUUGCCUCCCCCCAUUCAAUAGAGUACAAAGAGGAGACAUCAAAAGGACAACAUGCCAUUUGCCUGCCGAUGGUCAACCAAACACCAGAACCUUUGGUAAAUGGACGCUUGAUACACCAACAUAACAUGGACCCGGGCAGCACAGACAAGAGAAAAGAAAUCUUUAGCAAAGACACUUUGUUCAAACCACCCCAUAAUACACUGAGUGUCAGCUACAUGGAGAACAGCUACUCAAAGUCGGGGACGUUGCGGAAGACUCCAAAUGUGAGCUCCACUGAGGUGCUUAACAGCCACGAGCAUUUUGAGAAGUCGCCCCAGCUGUCAGGGUCCCCUGGUACGGUGGUCCAGCAGGGCACAGAGCUGGCCUCUGGGCCCGAAGCUACCUUUGACUACUACAAUGUCUCAGAUGAUGAUGAUUCUCCGGAGGCUGUUCGUAAGCCUGCAGCCGAGACUGCGGGUCAGGAGCGUGGCGGGACUGUACAGUGGCUGCUGGAUCGUGAGAAGGAACGGGACUUGCAGCACAGGUUCGAAAAGAACCUCUCCCUCCUCAGCCCCAAGGAGACCAAAAACAUGAACAAUCAACAAUCGGCCCACUCGGCACGGCUGGACAGCAUGGACAGCAGCAGCGUAACGGUGGACAGUGGAUUUAAUUCACCGCGCACUCGCGAGAGCCUGGCCUCGAACACAUCCAGCAUCGUGGAGAGCAGCAGACGUCAGAACCCAGCCCUGAGCCCCGGGCACCUGGGCACCAUCAGUGCUCCACUUCUCACCUUCCGGACGGUGCUGGAACCCCCAACCCCCCAGUCGGAGAAACUGCAAAAACCAACAAAUUGCUUGACUUCCAUCACAAGUGUCUGACACGAUUCAGAUAUGGAAGAGGAGGAGGAAGGCAGUUGAAGAAGAGCCCACCUCGUAGGAACCCUUUGAAACUGGCACAGUUACGUCAGCAUAUACUCCAGACUUCCAGAUGCUACACUAGGAUUUUUCCACAAGUUCUUAGACACUGUUUGUUUUUAAUUUAUACAGCUCUAUUGAAAAAUUUAAUCCUUUCCUUGUUUGACUAGAGGAGUUUGAAAAUUAAAUCAACUAUGCCUCAGUUGAGCUGAUUUUUCUGGGGUUCAGUAACUGGUGUCUUCUCCUCUCAGAAAGGCAAGCAUUCUACAAACAACCAAAAGUUAUUCCACUUUUACCAUGCACUGUACAGCAAGUCGUCGCUAGUUUUUUGGCCUGAAAGUUGAGCUUCACUUUCUAACGUGGUCUCUGUCUCGUUCGUAAUCUCAGGUCAUGUACAUGUAAGGUCAUGUACAGUGUAUGUCCACUAAAUUUCAUAAGUACCGACAAGCUCCGAGUGCCAAUACUCUGUAUUCCAAAAAGGCUGGCUGGCGGUGUGCUUGUGUGGGACGUGAACUUCCAAGCAGUCGGGGUCCUGCUGUUUUGGCCCCCAUUAGACAGCGAAAUAAGCCGCAUUAUGAGUCUGUGCGGGCCCCCGCAAGGGGAGCGACCUCUACAUGGUGAACGCAUUUGGUCAGUGGGUCUUCGCAGGAGCCGUUACCGCCGCUGCGCUUUUGCUCAUGACUUGAUCGAAUCCGGUGGAAUGAGCCAGGCUGGAAUAACUUAUGUUUACAUAGGAAUCAGGUGUUUGGCGAUUCACUUCCUUUUUGAUGGACGGCACAUGAACUUUUUGGGUAAAUUCCUCCGCCAGCACUGAAGGCUUCAGAGCCAAAUUCGUGGAUGUCCCUGUUUCUGAGCAGCUAAUACGUUUAUCAUUUCACUCCGUCGUUCCUUUAUUCACUUGGAAAACAAAAGCAACUUACUUUUUGUUCUCUUAUAAAAAAAAAUUAAUUAGUUUCCUGUACUUAUAUUUGUUCUUAGGUAGCGAGCUGGCAGCACAACAGGCUAAUGAGUAUAUAGGCAAUCACAGGCCACAACAGCUGGAAACUUGUAAAUCCCUGCUUUGUCUAUGCAGCUGUACACACAAUAAAAUCGGCAACGUUAAUGUAGCGUAGACGGCGUUAAACUAAUUUCACACAUCCUCUCACGCUAUGCAGGUCACAGGUCACUUUUUUCAGGAUGUUUUACAUUGAAAAGUCAUUUCGUCAGUUUUUAGAUGCCAAUCAGAUAAUAGAUUCAAUACGUUAUUACUGUAUUUAUGAAUGAAUUCUUCUUUUCCUGGUUCUGUCAACUGUGGUAUCUUAUUCUGUUCAUCUGUUCAUCUUAUAUGGCAGCAAAAGAGGCUUUCGUGACACGUGGUAAGCAAACGCUGCCCCGUUCCAAGAGUUCAAUCACAACUGGUACAGGAUUUGCUUCGAUUUAAUUUUGCUUACAGCCCCAUAGACUGACACGCGUAUGUGCUUAACUACCUCCGUUACCCAUGCUCCUCUCCCCCCACCCAUCUCACACCGCUCUAUUAAAUCCUCGUACAGGUGGGUUUCAGUUUGCCAACAGAUAGUCACCUGUGAUUUUUUUUUGUUUGUUUUCACACCUGUGGGUGAACCUGUAGACUUGAUUUCAGAAUCAGCAGCAUUCCUACAGAUGAAGGAAUGUUGAUUUAUUUACUUUAUUUUUUUUUUACUUAAAUGUCACUGGGCAUACACUCUGUACUGGUAGCCAACACACAGCACUGAUCUCAGUCAGUCUAGCAUUUCCAUCCUACUCCUCUUUGCCAGGCUGUUACUGUUACCUUCUCCUUUCCAAAUGCUGUUUAUCUAGAGAGGGUCCAGUUUGUUCAGGAUCCAAUCCCAGGACAUUUAGGGCAAAUAGCAUCCUGGACAAAAGUCCAGCCACUCACGCAUGUACACACUUAGGGCAACUAAGAAUAACCGAUUAUGUCUGAGCUGCAUGUCUUUGAGUAGAAAUCUGAUUAUCCGGAAGGAAACUCAAACUCGUGAAAACGGGCUCUGAUUCAACCCAGGGUUGGAUCUGGGUCACCCUGGAACUGUGAGGUAACUCUGCUGUCCGCUGAGCCACUCUUGUUAUUCCGUGUGAUGCACAGUACCUGAGAAAGGGACACCCAGCUGGUCAAUGAGACUCCCACCAAUGACACCUCUUAGAUCUGUCACAUCAAGCCCUUAUCAAAUCCUCAGUGUAAAAAGAUUUCUUUUUUUGUCAAAAGUCAAAAGGGAGUAUUGUAGCCAAGACUGCCUUGUAUAAACGUUUGCACUGAAAUGCCUGGUCUCUGGUUGCUGUAAAAUCCAUCCAGAAGGAUGCUCUAAAUAUUGUAAAGUAUUUCAUAUGAAAUAAUGACAGUCUGUGAAAUGUCUUCCCUUAACGUUAUGGAUGUUUAAAAGCACCCAGUAACAUUGUUUUUAUAGUGUCAGUAGAUCAUACUGUAAAUGUUUCAGUCAUGUUUAGUACAAUUUAAAUGAAGGAGAGAUUAGGGAUUUUUUGUAAUGUCUAUAAUAUUUAAAAGUCACUACUUGUGUAGUAAAGGUGUUUACUGUUGUUGUAGUGUGUGACCUACCUUUUGGGGGUUGUGUUUUUUAACACAAUAAAAUAAGGUUUGGUUAUAAAUUUCA